UAUAAGUAGUGGAUAAUUUUCAAUUAAGAACAAGUUGGUGGUGUAUUGACUUCUGUUUUAUUAACACGUUCCAUUUAUGUUUUCUGUUUUUAAAUUUAGUCGUUAAAAAUAGAGCUUUGAAACGUCAGAUCUUUUUCUUAGUUAGGUUAUAAAAACACGUCAAUGUUGCAAUCAUAAAUAGAACACCGUAUCGUUUACAUAAUCACUACGUCAGUUAAAAAUGACGUAUGAUGAUCUUUACAUUUACGUUAAAUAUUUAUUCAAAUAACCUUUACCAAAGCCCCCGUCGUUAAACAUUUAAAAUUAAGAAAAAUUAACUCGACGGAAGGUAAUAAUGCCAGUAUAACGGCCACGUACAAAAUUAUGUGAAGCCGUGACAAUUUUUUUCUUACAUCCCACGGAAGGCGGGAAGCCGCAGUGAUUUAUAUAAUGAAUAAAAAUGCUUCCUAGCACCGCAAGACCGCCAUUUUACAAGGAUACUGCAAUUAACCGCACUGAUAGCUUUUCAAAUUACCACAUUAUUAUAUUGAUGACUUUAUUUUUACAUAAUUUCAGUUUCUAAUUAUCUUAAAGAUUCCCCACUAUCUUUCAUACGUGCGGCUUCAAUAUUUGCAGUAGUACAACAGCGCUAGUCUCCUCUAAGAUAGUAAGAUAUCGCUUACGUAUCUCUCACUGACGUAUCUCCGUUCUCUCAAAUCCGCUGCGAACAUAAAACAAUAGCGCAAUUGAUGCGCUGUAACAAAUAACACGAGUAGGUCUCAAUAAUGUGUAAUCUAAUCGAGAUAGCGGCCGACACCCCUCGACACAACAAAUUGCCGUCACACCGAAGCAAUCUGUGAAUUACAAGUGUAAAUAAUCCAGAGGACGCCCAACCACCACCGUGGGCCGGGCUUGGCUAGGAAAAAAAAGAAACUCGUUAAAAUAGCGGCUUAAAAAAGAAAAGCGCUGAAACGGGAAGGCUCGGGUGGUAUCGGUUUUUCUCGACGCGGGCGGUUCGCUGGGCGGGGCCCGAGCGGCAGUCGCGCGCCGCCGGCCGGCCCGUUCGUACGUGUCGCAGCCUCUACGUCCGUCUGUCCCGCACCGUGCACAUGUUGUGUGAAUUUUCGGCAUGUUGAUGUCGUCGUGAAUUGUAACAAGAUGGACUUUCAGAGUGCAAUGGAGACGUUUGCUGAGGCGUGGGCUGCGGCCAACACCGUCAAGUCGGAGGCACCCACUGAUUUAGCGCAGAAUUUGUCGGCGGAGUUGAGGCGAAGUAAGACGCCUCCGCGGCGGUCGCCCGAGGAGCGAGCUGUGCCGCGCCCCCCCUCGGCACCAGUACAUCAUGAGAGGAUCCAGCACACCCCUCACACUCCGCACCUGUCCCCCAAGAAGGAGGCCUUCAACAAUCUCCUGAACAAAGGUAUUACUGGCAAAACCCUGCCGGUCCAUUGCGUGGUGGAGGCAGUGUCUUCGCUCGAAGAAGGUACAUGGCGACGACGUGCUGUUGUGGAGACCGACAGCUACGUCAUCAUCCCGGCAGCCACCGCCUUCCACGAGCUGGUGCCAGCUGCCAUGAUGAGACUUGGAUACCCUCAUGAGUUGGCAGCUUCGGCCAAAGGUUCGGUGGUCAUCAACAACUGGAAGCCGCUGCCAUUCGAGAGGAUCUCCGACGGGCCACUGGCCACUGUCGGCGAGGUACUGGGAGAGUUGACAACUGUGGCCACUCUGCGCAUCCAGCUGCUUCGGCCACGUCCCACUCCUCUUCAGGACAUCAAGGACAAGCUUCUUAGACUCCUGCUGGUCCAGAGCCGACCAUUGCUGAUGUCGACUGGAUGCCCUUUAGAUGAGGUAACACUGGCUCAGAUUUGCCGUGGCCAGGACCGCACACCCGGGCCGCACAACUUUCACGAGCCUUCUGAGGAAAUGCGGCGGAAAUUUGAAUCUUGGUGGAGCGCUCAAGUAUCUCCUCGACCACCACCCUUCAGUCCUCGUCGAUACCCGUCGCCGGGCCCCAAGAACCGAUCGCCAACCCUGAACACAAUCCCAGAUCACUUACAUCCCGCAUUGCAGACUGUUCAGAGUCAAUAUCCUACUCAGAAAACUAGGAUGCGCACAAGCUUUGAUCCUGAGCUAGAACUGCCGAAACUUCAGCGCUGGUUCUCUGAGAACCAACACCCAAGCAGACAACAAAUACAACAGUAUGUCCGGGAAUUAAACAAUUUGGAAUCGAGGCGCGGUCGUAAGCCCCUCGAUGUCAAUAACGUUGUUUACUGGUUUAAGAACGCGCGUGCUGCGCAGAAACGCGCUGAGCUUCGCAAUAUCGGCGGGUUAAGCUGCCACCUGGGUGUGAACGGAUUCAAUAGUCGAAGCCAUAGCCCAACAAAUGGAUCUUUGAUGGCGGGCAGCGACACUUAUGGCUCCCAAGACCACAACUCAAUGAAAAGCCCCAUCCUAUCUGGCAGUCCGGGCCGAUACCCCAUGUCAGUAAUGUCUGAAGAUAAUCUGUCUAACGGAGGUUCCGAUAUGGAAGAUGAAGGCGGAGAUUUAAAUCCAGAUGACAGGGCUGAAAGCCCAGAUGCUCCUCUGUCGUUGAUAACUACUAAGAAAAACAACGACAAUGACAAUGAUGAAAGACCCCAGGAGUCACCAAAACCACCCGACAUAAUAAAGGUACAUGACAUCAAACAAGAGCCAAGGGAUCUGAGCAAACCUGACAACGCUCACUCACCGCAGCGCUCUCCGGCUAAGAACAGCGAUAGCUCGCACAACAACAACAGCAAUAACAACAACAAUGAAGAUGAGAACGGCAUCGGUGAUGACCAUGAAGGAUCUGAUGAAGACGUCAUCCAGGAACGGCACUACAGGCCCUCGUCGCCACACCUCGACCGCCUGCCCUUCCCGAUGGUACCUAACCACCCCAUGUUCGGUCACGGCAUUAUGUACAUGAGCCAGUACAUGAGCGGCUUCCCUGGCGUGGGCGCGGUCCCCGGGGAAGGAGCCAGCGGCCUUAACCUGGCCCUAGCUGGAGCUUCCGAUGAACGACGCAAACGCAACCGGACUUUCAUCGACCCGGUGUCAGAAGUGCCCGUACUUGAGCAAUGGUUCUCCAUGAACACUCACCCCUCUCACAACUUGAUACUGAAAUACACGGAGGAGUUGAACAGGAUGCCGUACAGGCAGAAAUUUCCGCGGCUGGAGUCGAAGAACGUGCAAUUCUGGUUCAAGAACCGACGAGCUAAGUGCAAGAGACUGAAGAUGUCUCUGUACGAGCCGUCGUCGCCCGGGCACUACGCCCACCCCGGACACCCGCACGCCAUCGCCGAGAGGAAGCUGGUGUGAGCUAACCAUCCCGCAAAGUGGAGUGACAGAUGUUAGUGUUUGUGUCGUAGCAGCAUGAUAACACGAAAGACUGAUAUCGAAUCGUUUAAUGGUGUACAGUGCCAUGUUAGUAUUAUAAUGGCGGCAAACGCGUCAUCCUAACUUUAAACAGUUCGUAUUAUUCAGAGGACUUUAUUAAUAACUGUUUAGAUUACUAAUGAUCAUAGUUUUGCUUAAGGUAGACAUAUUUCAAUGCGAUAUCAUUAUAAGUUUAAAGUAGAAUCAAGUAUCAAGUUAUCUGACAAGCGAUCACAUCGUAUUGUUUAUUGUGUACAUAGUUGUAGGUACAAAAUUACUAUCAAAGGACAUGUCAGUUGUGAAGGAAUCUCAAUAUUUCUAGUAGAUAGCGUGUGUGUACAUAAGAAACUCAAAACUCGGUUUUAUUUAUUAAAUUUUACAGUAGUUGUAUAAAAACAGUUGUUAGAAUGUAAUUAAUGGAUACUCUCAUUAAAAGUUCCACUUAAAUUAUAGCGAGGUCGACGUAUAGAAUGGUAUUCAAUGUUAUUCUAAUUAUGUACAUUAUUUGUAUAAUUAGUAUUGAGUCAUAGUAAUCGAUAUAAUAUUGCACAUAGUAUAUGGGGAUCGAUAUUUCUGAUAUUGUAUCGAUGUCGGGGCGGUCGGCGACGCACACUUGUACUCCUUUGUUAUAGAUGUUAAAGCUUCCUCAACCCAAAGAUUGGUGUCGUGUAGUGGUCUGGCAUGGCUGCUGUCAAUCUCCCGUUUUACUGGGCAACGCGCUCUCGCUGGGCGGCUGUGCGUAUUGUUUUGCAAGUGAUUGUACUGUUCGUGGUACUAAUCAAAGCGGUGCUGAUGUCGGGGCUAUUGGGCGGUGUAUUUCUAUAGUUUAUGUACGGGGUAUUAUAAUUGUUUCAUAUUUCCUCAUUGUCCAGUAAAUCGGUUUCAACCAAACAGUUUGUGUUACAGUAUUUACGCAUUUAUCGAUUGAGGCUGUAUCGUCGCACUCUUGUUUUAUAGUUUUAGACACAUUAUAGAUGUAAUACAAUAGUUUGUUUUGUUAUUCCAAUGUUAUGCUUGUUUUCGUGAAGCUGUGAUGAAAUUUCCAAAUAUUGUAAAUAUUUUAUUAAUGUUAAAAAUAAGUUUUAUUAAAAACUACCUACGUCACUAGGCUCACACGAAUAAUUGAAGCAUUACUGCUUAGGUAACGAAAAUAUUGGCUAAAUGUUUAUUCGAUUCAAUUAUAUAAACGAAAUUUAAUUGAAUAUAAUAUGAAAUGAU